UGCAGCAGGACGGUUUUAUUUCUCCCAGCUGAAGUGACGCUGAAGCUCGGGAGGCGUUGGCCUGCAGCUCUAUCAGUCGCCUGCACGUUUCUCUGACUCUGUCUGUAAGGCCAUCAGACGCACGGUUUCACCCACCCAGUUACAACUGCCACUUAUUCCCUCCGAUUUUGCACCAUUCAAAGCCUCCCGCUGCACAAACGACUUCAGCAUGUUUGCUUCUGUGUUUUUGGUCGUCCUGGGGUUGUGCUGCUGCACAAAAGAGAGCAAUCAGUUCCAACUGGACCAGCCACGACUCCACGGCCCCUCGCAAGCUUUGGUAGACGAUGUCAUUCCCUUGGUGUGUGAAAUUCCCAGUUCAGAAAGUAAUGAACCGAUUCUUCUGACAUUAUACAGGAAGGAUGACCGUAAACAAAUGUUUGGAGAGUACACCCUCUCAGCCGGGGAGGAGAUGGGAAUCUUUCCCCAGGUUAUCAAAGUUGAGCAUGAGGGCUACUUCGAAUGUGUGGCCAGCGCACAAAACAACACGGAGAUAAAUGAGACUGUCAGCGAAGUACACUUCUUAAGGGUUAUUGUGCCAGUCGAAGGCGCUGCGAUUGUUUACACAGGUCCAACAGAGAUCUAUGAGGAAACCAAGAUAGAGCUGCAAUGCAAAAUUAAAUCUGGAAAUCAUGUUUCCUACAACUGGUUUCUCAAUGGGCGCCUCGUCUCUCCGUCUCCUGUCCGCUGGAUUGGAGACAACCGGUUAAUAAUCACCAGAGUGUCCUCUAAAGAUGGCGGCUCCUACAUGUGUCAGGCUAAAAACGUCUUCAACGAAACGAGAUGGUUCGCCUCCAACAGCUCCGACCUCGUUAUCGCAGUGAAAGAUCUGGUGUCGACCCCUCGCAUCUCAUUCACCGUGGUGAAGGAGGAUGAUGGCAACUAUUCAGCCAGCAUCACCUGCCAGUCUGAGAGAGGCGAUCCUCCGAUAAGCUUCUCGCUCUACAUGGGCAUGGAGCUGAUGGUCAGGAAGAACGUUUCAGAGAGACACGCCACGUUCAGUCUUCCAGUGGUCCUGGACCAGCACUCUGGAUGGCUGCAGUGUCAGGCCAGGAACGGGAACCAGACUGAAUACAGUCGAUGGUUGCCUCUUGAAGUUGUGUCAGUCGCUGGCCCAGUGACGGUCCAAUCCGAAUACGACAUGGGAAAUAACUAUGCCGUCAUUGGCCUCAGGCUCUACUGCAAGGCGGCAGCGGGAACUCACCCACGUUUCCAGUGGUACCUCAACCAAAUGCCUCUACGUGAGCAGGGAAGCUUCUUCUAUGUGGUGGAUCUGCCAGAACAGUCCGUCCUGCUGAUGGCCGUGGGGAGACGGAGCUCUGGAAAGUACCGCUGCGAAGUGUGGAACAGCUUCGACAACAGCACGGUCAUAAGCAGCAAAGGGCUUUAUGUGGACAAAGAAGUGCUGAAUCGCCUUCCAACCUUAGUGGUGGCUGUGGUCUUCAACUGUUUCGCGCUCCUGAUUUUCCUGGUGUUGUUUUGUUGUCUGUCAGGAGUCAUCUUCAGGUGGAAACUGUCUCAACAGAAGUCAGAAUCGAGUUUGGCGAUGGACGAAAGACUUGUCGUAUCUGAGAACGAGGUGGACUGGACAGAGUACAACGAGGACCCAGACGUAGCGAAAGCACCAAGAGAGGACGAACUUUAUCAGGAAUCUGAAGCCUCUGAGGACGAAUGGCCUCAGAUCGAGCAGGAAAGAAGGACACUGGAGAAUGAAGCUGAUGAAGACUCAAACUGAACACUAUAGCUUAGUUGAUUAUCUAUACCCUGGUGCCAUUUUAGUGUAGAUAUUUGUAGUAAUAGUUUUAGCAAAAUGAUGUUAAAGGUAUUUUUAUAAAAUAAGCAGUGUCUUUUUGUCAAAUAUCUUGAAGUCUUUCUUACAUUUUGUAACAUAACAUCAACUUACUUAAUUUGGAUAUUAUACACAAUUCUACAUACAAAAAAAUCACAUACUUAGCAUUUGUAACUGUGCUUUGCUGUUGAAAUUCCCUGAAACCUAUCAAUGGACGGCCAGGAAUUAGACUGUACCUAAAGCAUUGACCAACCAUUGCUAAACUGCAGAGGAGACAACCGAAAGAGUUUGUAUUUCUACUGAGUUUGCACUUGGUUUGGUCAUAAUUUUCUGAGCGUCCUAAAUGUGCGCACCAACCAGUGUUGUGUAACUAACAAGAACAAGAAGUUAAAUCUGUUGAAACUGAAUCAUCCAUGUUCAUAUCAUCUAAAGACUGUUAACCGGUUUCAUAAUUGGUUACUGUAUUUGAACUGCCCUGUUGUUGUUGAAAUAUGCUACACAAAUAAACUUGACUCGACACAAA